AUGGAUCAUAUUGGAAAUUUUUCUAAUGCAUGGCAACAAUUCAUUCGAGAUCCUCAUGUUGCUCAUGCAGCAUAUUCAAUGACUAUAUUAGAUGGUCGAACAGGUUCAAUACUUUUUGAACAUGCCAAAGAUCUAGGUCUUGCACCAGCAUCAACACUUAAAACAAUCACGGCAGCUGCUGCUUUGCAUUAUCUUGGUUCCGAUUAUACUUAUGAAACUUUGUUGCAAUAUUCGGGUAAAAUAGAUACCGUAACAGGCUUUCUUGAUGGAUAUAUUUAUAUUGUUGGUAGUGGAGAUCCAUCACUAGGCAGUUGGCGAUAUAAUGAAACGACAACAGCAGAUUUCAUUAUUCAAAAAUGGGUAGAAGCUAUAAAACAAGCUGGAAUUCGAAAAUGUCGAGGUAUUAUCGGUGAUACUAGCCGAUGGAAUUAUACUAAGACAAUUCUCAUUGAUGGAUGGACAUGGAAUGAUAUUGGGUAUGUUUUAAUUAUAAUAUUUUAG